AUGGGGAAAGUUUUCGACGCUGCAGAAGUGGCCAAGCACAACAGCCCCAAGAGUUGCUGGGUAAUUCUCUACGGAAAAGUGUACGAUGUAACCGACUUUGUUUCCGACCAUCCUGGCGGUGCAAAUGUUAUUCUCAGACUCGCGGGCAAGGAUGCAACCGAGGAAUAUGACCCGGUUCACCCUUCCGGUACUCUUGAAGAAAAUCUCAAGGCCGAGGCGUUCCUGGGGACCGUUGAUCCUGCAACUAUAAUCAAGUCAGAACCACGGCCCGGGACCUCGGGAAAGACCGAGGAUUAUCCUCCUGUGCAAAAUCUCCUCAACAUGGAUGAAAUCGAAGAACUUGCUACGAAGAAAGUGAGCAAGAAAGCAUGGGCAUACUACUACUCGGCGGCCGACGACAAGAUCACGAAGCGCUUUAAUACAGAGGCUUUCCGGUCGAUUCUCUUGCGACCUAGGGUCUUCAUUGACUGCACAGAAUGUAGUCUCGAGACGAACUUGCUCGGUAAUCAGGUUUCUAUGCCUAUCUACGUCUCACCAGCUGCCCAGGCGCGACUGGGACAUCCAUCAGGUGAAGCUGGAAUUGCCGAAGCAUGCGGAAGUUUCGGAGCUCUACAGAUUAUCUCGAAUAGCGCUUCUAUGACACCGGAGCAGAUCGUGGCAAAUGCUGUGCCAGGACAGACAUUCGGCUGGCAACUAUACGUGCAAGACGAUCGAGCCAAAAGUGAAAAGAUGAUCGCUCGUGUGAAUAAAUUAAGCGCGAUCAAAUUUCUCGUCCUAACACUCGAUACUCCGGUGAUGGGAAAGCGCGAAGAUGACCAGCGCAGUGGUAACGUCAUCGAUGAGAUUACCGAAAUUGAGGCCCCUCCGGGCUCGAAGGAAGCGCUUGAGAAGCAGGUCUUUGCCGGGAUGGACCCGUCUCUCACAUGGACUAAAACUCUUGCAUGGUUAGAGAAGCACACUACUCUACCGAUCGUUCUCAAGGGCAUUCAGACCCAUGAAGAUGCGUAUAUCGCUGGCUUGCAUCGAUCUCGAGUGAAGGGAAUCAUUCUCUCCAACCACGGAGGACGAUCUCUUGAUACAUCGCCCCCGGCGGUACACACGCUGCUUGAGAUGAGGAAAUAUUGCCCCGAGGUCUUUGACAAAGUUGAAGUUUGGAUUGACGGCGGUGUCAGAAGAGGAACCGAUGUAGUCAAGGCCCUUUGUCUGGGUGCCAAAGGGGUUGGUAUCGGUCGGCCGCCGCUAUGGGGUCUGGCUGCUGGAGGGGUCGAUGGUGUAAAGAGGACUUUGCAGAUCUUGGCUGAUGAGACCAAAACUUGCAUGCGUCUUCUUGGCGUACAACGACUUGACCAACUUGGAAUGCAGCAUAUCAACACUCGGAUAUUGGAGCAACAGGUGUACGAUGGUCCCUCCAAUCUCGGGCCUUAUCGUGCACAGUACUCGUCAAAACUCUAG